GAAACUUGCUGGAAAUCUGACACUUCAAUUAUAUUCUGGUUCACAUUUCUGGUUCACAUAGUUCACCAUUUUGAGGUUAUUGUUUGUUUUGAUAUAUCUGGAUUUUUAAAAAUCACAAACUAUUAAUUAUUCAUUUUGCAAAUAAUAAUCAGGCAAUCACAUGGAGAAGGACAAGAGCAGGGGCCGCAAACAUAUUCAGGAUAAGCACAAAUACAAAGGGAACACAGUCAAAAACCCAAAACACGUACCGUUACCUACCAAGCCUGUUUUGGAGUCGAAUGAGGACAGAUACGUAGAGGACAAAUCAAACUCGCACAGUUUCCAGCUAAGCAGUAGCACUGACUUUGCAAUACUUUCAAAGACACCUAUCAGCAGGGGGCAUCAUUUCAGUUCAAAAGUGAUAAACUCCUUGCUGAUGAAGCAGAAACAAAGGCUUCCGGUGAUUUGUUUUCAAUAGAUGUUGAAGCAAUACAUAAUAGCAUAUUGACUGUACCCUUCUAUGAAAGAAUUCAAAUGGAUGAAGCUUAUUUUUCCGGACUGGAGCAGUUUGCUGAAAUAUUUUGCAGGGGCACAUCGAGAGAUGCUGACGACACGUCUUGCGCUUGCGCAGAGUAUGCGGGUGUAAAUCAGGGACUAUGACAGUCUGCUGGA